AUGGAGACUCAUGAACAAGAGUUACCAACAUCCGGCGAUAUACUGCGUUUUUGGGAGGCGGCGAGGACGGAACACCGACUAGCCACCGAGACCGGACGUUCGGAUUCUUCGGCCUUGUCUGUCAAGCUAGCUAGCCGAGAGAAGACUAGCGUCCCAGGAUCCGUUUCAGGAGCUACUUCCGGCACUCAAGACGAACACAAAGUCUCAGCGCUGGCAGUGAGCAAACCACCGACAUGCUACAUCUGCAAACAAGUGGGACACAUGUCUUCCAGCUGCCCCUCCAGCCGCAAGAACAAUCAGAAUCCCAGGCCUGUGCCACAACGCUCCGCCGGCGCACCGAGUUUUCCCCCAUGCUCGGUGACGUACAACUUUGACCGGAUCCCCUAUAUUAAGCCGAUACAGCCAGACCAAAAGCCCAACACCUCCCAUCGACCACCCAACAACUUGCCCCCAAAGCCGGAAACAUCCAAUCUCCAGCCGAAGUCCAUCAAAUCAUGUCAGGUCAACCCAAAUCUCUUUGCCGAAGAAGACGAAGAUCCAACCAAGUACAUUUUCGACAAUGAAGAUCUCUCGGCUGAACCAUCUGGACACCGAUUCAACCUGCGCAAAAUGAUCAUCGAUUGUGACGGGCAGGAAGUCAUAUGGGAUUCCGGUGCCUCUGACAAUGUGACUGGGGAUAGGUAUGCAUUACAUGACUUCAAAUUGCUCGAGCAUCCUAUCGCCGUCAAAGUUGCGACUGACUCAGCCUGUGAUUACAUUACAGGCAUGGGUACCUUGAGAUUUGUCGGGACGAACGGGGCGAUCAUCGUAGUUAAAAAGGUUUACUACUGUGAGCGCGCUCGUUCUACGCUUUUAUCAAUUGCGGCCUUCAAGAAAUCUGACGCUCUGUUCAACGUGAAUGGAAACUUUGACUCGAUCAACCUAGUCUCACGCACGGGACGUGUCCUUCUACACAGCAAAUUUGACUCAAAGCGCAACACCUGGCCGCUCCCAAUACCCAUUCGGGCGAAUGUUUCCUCCAUUCCAGACUGUCUUGAUUCCCCUUCUUGUACCUUCAUUUCCUCGCCUGUCAAUGCAAAUUCAGUAUUCAAAUCCCCAAACCUAGUUGAACAUAGCCAGUUCACCUGGAAUCCAGAGGAGCUGACCAGUGAUGAGAAGACACUUCUUUUUUGGCACCGCCUGUUUGGGCAUGCAAGUUUGAGAAAAAUCAGGCGUCUAGUGAAACUUCAAUUGGGAUAUGGACUACCGACGACAAUGCCGACCGCAUCAAUCAAGUGCCCGGUUUGUUCCAUAUGCAAAGCGACGCGCACCUUGGCACUUGGCCCCACCAAGAGAUGCAUCGAUAGACUAUCGGUGGUAUGUGUAGACCUUAUGGGUCCUUUUGACACGCCAACUAUGACUGGAGGAAAAUUUGCGCUCACAAUUCGCGAUGUUUUCACGUCCUACAGUGAGGUCCGAAUUUUGAAAGCAAAGAGUGAAGCCGCGGAUAUGUUGAUGCAAACGCUGACCAGAUGGGAAACACAAGUGGGUUGCAAAAUCAAGAUCCUGCGUUCGGACAACGGAGGCGAAUUCGACUCAAAAGUUUUUGCUAAGUUCCUCACUGACAAGGGUAUUGUAGCAGAACGAUCAUUGCCAUACCACUACUUCCAGAAUGGAGCGGCUGAACAGUACAAUCGUACAGUAUCCGACAUGGGUCGCAGCAUCCUUUAUGACAGCGAACUAGGGAAGGAAUUCUGGGGGUACGCAUUUAUGUGGGCGGCCUGGACGAUUAACCACAUCCCAAACCAAAUCACAAAAGAAAAGACACCCUACGAGUUUUUCUUUGGCGAUAAACCUCAGCUGGACCGCACACGGGUUUUUGGCUCACGGGCCUACGUUUUGGUGGCUCCUGAGAAGCGAAAAAAGCUGGACGAUAGGGCUAUUGAAGGUUUGGUUGUUGGACAUCUCCCGGAGUCAAAAGGAUGGACCUUUUGGAUUCCAAAGACGAAGAAAUUGGUUUCAUCGGCCUGGGCCAACUUUGGCAGAAACUCCUUGCCAGCAGUUCCCAACGCCACUAAUCCCUGUCCGGUGACCAAUGCACAAACGGAGGAGCCAAGAGUCGACGCAUCACUCAAAGCUAAACAGUUACUUCUGAACGAUUUUUCACAAGAGGAACUGGUUGCGGCUCAAGAAAAAUCGGUUGACGACUGCCUAAUGAACUGCGCGAAUGAAUCCUACGAGGUCCCCUUGACAUUCAAAGCGGCAAUCAAGUCACCAGACGCAAUCCACUGGAAGCAAGCUGUCAACACUGAACUCGACAACCUCAAGCGGAAGAGUGUCUGGAGUGUACGUAAACUACCGGCAAACCGGAGGAAGCUGGGGCCAAAAUGGGUAUUUGCGAGGAAGGAGAAUGCUGACGGUUCUUUCAGAUACAAAGCCCGGUAUGUAGCGAAGGGGUUCAACCAGAAAGAAGGCACAGACUUCGCACAUACGUUCGCCCCCACCGCCACUUUCACAUCAAUGCGGAUUCUUCUCUCCAUCGCAGCGAAGAAUAAUUGGCCGAUUUACAAUUUCGACUUUGUGGCGGCAUACCUAAACGCCCUGAUUGACGAGGAAGUUUGGGUCCAGGCCCCGGAGGGUUUAGACGUCAAUGUAGGUGAAGCAUGCUUGUUACGACGCGCACUCUACGGUACCAAGCAGGCAGCACGCUGCUGGUGGAAACAUCUGAGUGGGACUCUAGCAGACUUAGGAUACACGUCAAGCUACUACGACUCAAGUGUUUACACACUCAGCAACAAAAAUAACAAGUCAAUCAUCUGGGUUCAUGUUGACGAUGGGAUAGUAACGGGAUCUUCCGACGCAGCCCUCAAAUUACUAGAGACUCAACUUAAAGGUAGUCUAGAAAUCAAGUGGAACGAGGGACUGACUAGCAUGGUGGGGGUGAAAAUCUCUAGAAGCAAGGCAGGCUUUGAAUUGACUCAACCACAGCUCAUUGAGAAGAUCCUCCGCGAAAGAUGGGACGGUGUCACUGUUCACCCUACGCCGCUACCCGAAGGUUACACGGCUAACACCGACAUGACCACACCUGGGAUCAACAGCUCUUAUUAUCUCUCAACAAUUGGAGGCCUCAGCUAUGUUGCGGUUGGAACGCGUCCGGAUAUAGCCUACAGCGUAAACUAUUUGGCACGAUUUUCCAGCAGACCCUCACAGUUACACUGGAAGGGCCUACGCCAUCUGCUUGGUUAUCUUGCAGAAACAAAGACGACCCCCCUCCGCAUACAUCCAACACAGGAAGAUGCGACACCUGUGGAAUGUUUCGUUGACGCAAACUGGGGUGGGCCAAACUCUUGA